AUGAAACCAAGACGGUCCGCUCUCGUCUUAAUUUUCAUUACGCUUGUACUGUUAGAAACCAGCAAAGCUAAGCCUAGAGGGAAAGGCAAAGGCUUCGGUUAUCUAACCUUCUCAGAACAAGACCAGCUAUCUUUGCCGUGUAAGGCGGAAGAAUUUGAUCAAACCAUUCAGGAAAAGGGCUGCGAAGCCAAAGUCAUUCAGAACAAGAUUUGCAUUGGGCAAUGCUUCUCAUAUUAUGCUCCCGGUACCCGCCCAAGAAAGGAUUUGACCGAUAAGAGGGUUAAGUACUGUGAUACUUGUAAACCUUCACUGAGGAGCUGGACCAAAGUCAGCUUGAAUUGUCCUGGUGCAAAACAUCCCCAUGUUGACAAACUGGUGGAGGUGAUCUACGAUUGCACGUGUCAAAAGUGUGUCAGAGAAUCAAAAUCAAAGCAUAGGAAAAACCGUAAAAAACGUUAA